AUGCUAACCAAACUAUGGCGAAGCUGCUUCCCAAGUUCGACCAACUCCCCGCAUCACGUCGAGCGGCAUCACUUCUACCUGUGUCAGUGGCAAAGUAACACCCAGGUCGGAAUAUGCUACCUAAUGUAUCGGCUCAUCGUGGCCAUACUCUUCCUGGCCGUACUAGCUUGUUCGCUGCUGGACAUUGGCCGAUCGGAACCGAUGCUGGAGCACCACUACGCCAAAUGGUGGAUCUAUCUGACGCAUUGGGCACUGCUGGCCUGUGCGUUUCAGGCCUGGCUGGCGGCCCUCAUCGUUACCAAGGGACUGAUGAUCGACCGGAACGAGUUCGAAUGGAACAUUCACGUGGCCCGGGAAAGCCGACUGCAUGCCAUCUACUGGGUGGUGUACACUAUCGCCACGGUCUACUCGUUUAUCGUUACCAUAGUCUACUGGACGUUCGUCUACGAUCCUGAAAUCCACCGAGUGGACGCCGUCAACCUGAUGGUGCACGUACUCAAUUCAGUCAUAAUGCUAAUCGAUUUGACCAUCGUAGGACAUCCGAUUCGGCUCAACCAUGCCUAUUGGACGACCGGAAUUGGCGUGCUGUAUGCGCUUUUCUCCGUCAUCUACUAUCUGGCCGGCGGCACCGACAGGCAUAAUGAGUCCAGCAUUUACAAAAUGCUCGACUGGCAGAAGCCGGGCAAAUCGAUUGUUAUCUGCGCGCUGGGCAUCUUCUUCGUUUUCGUGGUCCACUUCAUCUGCUACUGUCUGUACUGCCUGCGGGUGUGGCUGUACGCGCGAGUGUGCCUCCCGGAACCCACCCGAAAGACCAGCCGGGAGAAGGUAAGCUCGAUCACACGGACGCUGUCGUCGAUGGAGGAAUCCCAGCGGGAGCAGUUCCUCAACCCGUCGACCGUCAUCGAUCUGAAGUGA